CGCGAAUAAUGCGCACCUGACUUUCGACACCAAGACGCCUUUGGCGACACUUGUGUUUGAUACACGCCGGUAAUUGCGACGAUGUUAUUCCCAGAGGAAGAGGCGCCGCUGCUUAAGAAAUGGAUCGUGAAGAGGCUCGAAAAUACCUCUGACGCAGAUGCCGAUGUCCUUGCAGACUAUGUCCUUGCGCUUCUGCGCCAUGAUGGCGAUACAAAUACCGUCCGAGCCUUGUGCGAGGCCGAGAUACCUGAUUUUCUGAAAGAAGACUCUACAGUUUUCGUCCAAGAUGUUUUCGACGCGAUUCACUACAAAACCUACCUACCAGGCGCUGCACCGCCUCCUCCGAGGCCCUCGAUUCCAUUUGCGCCGCCGUUGGGACCAUCUGCCCUCCCGUAUGGCGGCCCAGGUAUGGUAGGCGCUCCUUUGGGGCCUCAGAACGGUUCGAGGAAGAGGUCAUAUAACGAUCGAGGCGAUGGAGACCCUCAAGAUAGGGGAUAUCAACCUGGAGGAGAUUUGAAUGGGAGAUUCUAUAAGCAACCGCGAAGAAGCGGAAAUAUGGGAGGACCAAUGGGUCGCGGGAAUUUCGAGAACUUCAGCAAUGGUAGAGGAGGGUUUCAAGGUCGACCACCUGCUGCGAAUCAACAAGCCGCUCCUCCGCAAGGUUUCAUGCCUAGGAUGCCGACCCCGCCUCCUGGGAUGCCUCCUAUUGAUCCGAAUAACCCGAUGGCUGCCAUACUCGCCAUGCAAGCAAUGGGCUUCCCAGUCCCCGGUUUACCCUCUUUUCCACAAGCGAAUUCAUCUGCAAAUCGGGGACCCGCACCAGCAAUGAAACAGAAGAAACAGAGAUGCCGAGAUUACGACUUGAAGGGGUUCUGUGCUAGGGGAAAUACUUGCAUGUAUGAGCAUGGACAGGACUCGAUAUAUGUUCCACCUGGCAGUGCAGGCGAUGAAUAUGAUCCGAGCAAUUCAAGCCUAAUGACCGGAAUUGAAAGCAGCAAUGGGACUCCUGCAGGAGCGUUCAACCACUUCAGAGGCAAUGACAGGGGAAGGGGACGUGGUGGGCCUAGAGGUGAUCGAGGAGGACAAUUCAAUAACCCCAACCGGCGGGGAGGCCGCGCGGAGUUUUCCUCUGAUAGGCCGAAUUUUGACAAGAGCAAGACAACUAUUGUGGUUGAAAAUAUUCCAGAAGAACGGUUUUCAGAGGAUGAAGUGCGCGCAUUCUUCUCGGAGUUUGGUGACAUAGUCGAAGUUUCAAUGCGACCCUACAAGAGACUGGCUAUUGUCAAAUUCAGUGACUGGAAUGCCGCAAAAGCUGCGUACAGCUCUCCAAAAGUCAUCUUUGAUAACAGGUUCGUCAAGGUAUACUGGUAUACUGAUCAAGAAUCGCUUCCGCAGCCACCAGCAGUUCCUACAACAAAAGGAUCGAAUGGGGAAAACGGAAAUGGCACACCCAUUCCAACCGCCGGGAGAACAACAUCAGAGCCCCAGAUUGAUAUAGAGGAGUUUACUCGAAAGCAGCAAGAAGUCCAGAAAGCCCAUGAAGAGAAGAUGAAAAAGAAGCAAGAAAUGGAAGCUGCACGAAAAGAGCUAGAGAAGAGACAGGAAGAACUCUUGAGGAGUCAGGCUGAGGAAAAGAGGAAGCUGAUGGAAAAGAUAGCCGCCAAGAGCGGAAAGUCAGCUAGUCCUGCCGGCCCAGAGAGCGGUACACCAGCCGCAUCUGAUGCCAAAUCGAGUGCGCAAACCGAGGCUCUGAAAGCACAAUUAGCUGCCCUGGAGGCUGAAGCACAGUCCUUGGGUAUCGAUACAUCUCUCACCGACGAUUCAUGGAGUGGUCGUGGUCGAGGCCGAGGACGGGGCGGUUACAGAGGAAGGGGCGCCUUCGUUCCUAGAGGCUAUCGUGGAGGCUAUCGUGGUCGUGGUGGAGCUACUUUUGGAGCAGGGCCUUCUACGUACAAGCUUGACAACCGGACCAAGAAGGUGGGCUUAACCGGCAUCGACUUCUCAGACCCAGAGAAGGAUGAGAGCCUCAGACAGUACCUCUUGGGUAUCGGCGAGUAUACCGAUAUCGAAGUAACCCCAACCCGCACCUCCAUCACCUUCAAGGACCGCUUCACUGCCGAGAAAUUCAUGUACGGUACCACCGGCGGCGAGAUCCCCUCCGUAGGCAAGGUUGAGCUCGCUUGGAUCCAAACACCUCUCCCGCCCGUGACCCUCCCUCCCAAGACGACGCCCAAGGCCGAGAACGCUGAGGAUACAGCCAUGGAUGAAGGCGAUGCUAUGGCUCACGCUUCGAGCCCGGUACGCGCCGCACAGGGUCACGAACAGCAGGAGAAUAUCGAUUACGAUGUAGCUGAUGACAAUGAGUGGGGAGUUCAAUGAAAAAGACAGCCAAUAGAGAAUUGAGGGGUUGGACUUUCAGGAUCGCGGGUUUGGUGAAAAAGGGAACAG